GCAGUCAUCUAGGAAAGGAAGAAAGCGAAAUAUGACAGCAGCAGCGACGUUAUUUUAUAGCUCACCAUAGUUAUUUGUUACGUUUUGUCUCAGUCAAGUUGGAGUCUGCGUUGCGUUAUCCAUCUACUUUAUCAUGCGUGCUGUGUCGUUCUUGGAUAAAAUAGAAUACGAAUUCGUCGGGAAUAUUUUACAAGAUGCCAUUUGUUUAGGAGAUGUUGACAACGACGAGAAUAUUGAGCUGGUUGCAGCCAGCCUCAAUGGGGACAUAGCUGUGUUCAAGUUUCAACAGCAGCGACCCUGGGCAACUGCUUCUGACUUGGGCGCAGUGGCAUCUGUCGUCGUUGGCGAUAUUGUAAACGACUCUAGAAAUAAAGUUCUGAGCAUAAGCUGUGAUGGUUGGUGUCACAUUUUUGACUUGCAACAGUCGCCAGAGGAGGGCUGCAGGAAGAUGUCAUCCUUCCACAGUCAACGGCUGCCUGCAAACACCAAGAUGGCUUUGCUAGCAGACAUUAACGACGACGGCAAGACAGAAUUAAUUCUAUGCCUGACAGAUCGUGUUGUGCGGACCUACCAUUGGGUUUCCUUUCCAGAGGAGGGGGAUUGCCAGGGGAAGCUGGUAGGACUUCAGAAAUGGGAGUUUGCCAAUCAGAUUGGAACAAUAUCAUUAAACCCUGUGGAGGACAAUGGAAUGGCACUUCUUGUAGCGCAACCAGGGGGAACUUAUACUCGACUAGACUUCAAGUCACAGAAAGAUGUUCCAGAUGGAAGUCCCCAUGGUGUGACGGACCCGUGUGGACAGACACUGCAGCACCACAAGUUGGGUUCCUCGCACAUGCGCAAUCCCAAUGUAUCUUCCAGCAUUUUGGGGGGCAUCCGAGGAACGCAGGGCACAUCUCUCAUGGCCCUUGCCACCCUUGAUGGGACCUUGAUGUUGGUGGACGGAGACAGUAUUUUGUGGUCUCUUCAGGUGGACCACCAGCUCUUUGCGCUCACCAAGCUUGACAUAGUGGGUGAUGGUCGAGAUGAGGUUGUGGCAUGUGCCUGGGAUGGACAGACAUACAUUGUGAAUGAGGAACGUCAAUCUGUACGUUUUCAGUUUGAUGAGGCAGUCUCCACUUUCACUGCAGGUGAGCUGACUUUAAGCCCUGGAGUGACAUUGCCGUGCCUGGUGUAUGCCACGUUUGGCAACCGCAUUGUUGUCUACUACAACGUCACCUUUCCCACACUGGGCACCCACACACUCCUGGAAGAGACACAGCUGCUGUCCAUGCUCAAGGAAGUUGCCCCAGAUGCAUCCCUCACACAUUUUCUUGACUGGGUCAUGUAUGGCAGCAGUGCUUAUCUCAACACCCCUCAUUAUAUAAAUACUGCGGAAUCCAACAGCAGUGGUGAAAUUGAAGAGCCCUCUUGACCACUUGUGGAGACUUGGCAUUGGAGAAGAAGCCAUGCACACUGCAAACUUACGAAAUUGCAGCAACCUCACUAUUGUGCCAAAGUUGAAUUGACAGAGCUUUGAACAUGAACUUGAGCAAAAGGCUCCAAUACUUGGUCACAUGUGCGACAGCAUGCCCUACAGUGCGGGAGAGAACCACGACACAUAAUGACAAAUAAACUGUCACUUUGUUUCUGU